AUGUGCUGUCGGCUUCGGGCUCGCCUUGCGCGCGGUCAGAGCCGCGGCGGCGGGACUAUCGGAAGGUUCCUGCAGGGGGAGAAGAGAGACGCGGUCAGGCGGCCCGGGGCCCGUGGACACGCCCGGCACACGCGCCGCGGGCAGCGCGCGGCCCGGGGCGACGGGGGAAGGGGCACUGUCCGGGGACGGGGCGCCCUCCCGGGGACGGGGCGCUCUCCGGGGACUGGGCACCAUCCAGGGGACGGGGCCCCCACCGCGGGGGACACCGGGCACCCACCGCGCGGGAUCCACCCGGAGGACGGGGCGCCCUCCAGGGAACGGGGCACCCACCGCGGGGGACACCGGGCACCCACCGCGCGGGACCCACCGCGGGGGACGGGGCGCCCUCCCGGAGACGGGGCGCCCUCCAGGGGACGGGGCGCCCACCACGGGGGACACCGGGCACCCACCACGCGGGACCCACCGCGGGGAACCGGGCGCCCACCCCGGGGACGAGGCGCCCUCCCGGGGAGACGGGGCAACACGCCCGGCACACGCGCCGCCGCGGGCGCCAAAAACGCCGCGCGGCCCGGGGGGAAGGGGCGCCCCCCUCGGGUUCGGGGCAGCGGCGGGCGCCCCGACGCGCCCCGGCCACGCGGAGGCUCCUCCCGAGGCCCCCGCGGCCCCGGGCGGGCGGGGGGUCUCCCCCGAUCCCAACCCCCCCGGAGGCUGGCGCGCGCCAGGCCCGCCGGGUACCCCCGGGGUCAGCGCAGGGCGGGCAGGGCGCCCGGGACCAGCCCGCCCCCACCUCCUCGGGGCUCCGCGCCGCCCCCUGCGGGCCGCGGGGACCCUCUCCUCCCCGGACGCACCGGGGCCGCCCAGCUCCUGCUCCAGGUCGCCGCCGUCGCGGCCGCUCCCGCCGGGCCGGCUCAUCGGGCCGCGGGGACCUCGCUGCCCAGCAGACGGCGACGGUGGGCGGCUGAGGGUCGACGAAGGCCCCCGGCCCCUCCGGAGCUCUGGCAACCGCCCGUCAGCCGCCGGCGCCCCGAGGGGCCGCGAGCGGGCAGGCCACGGGCCGGCUCCGCCCUGCGCGCGGGAUGA